AUGAGCGGGCUGCGGCGGCUGUUCCGCGGCAGCGGGCGGGCCCUGGCCUUCGUGUUCGCCGCCUCGGUGGCCUGGGUGCUGCUGGACAUGGCCGCGCUCCGCCUCUCGCUCGGCGAGGCGGGCGGGAGGCUGCUGCGGGAGGCGGAGCAGGCAGGAGAAGCUCCUGGAGCAGCUGGCACUGGCCAGGAUGGACAGGAGCAGGCAGGGAGCCACCCCAGGACGCACAGAGUCCUGUCCAUGGAUGCAACACUCGCCCCGAGAGACCCCCGUGCUCCUGGCCAGUUUGGACAUCCUGUUGCUGUCCCUGAUGAUAAACAAGAAGAAGCAAAAAGUAGAUGGAAAGAAGGAAAUUUCAAUGUCUACCUCAGCGAUCUGAUCCCUGUGGAUCGAGCCAUCGCAGACACCAGGCCUGCCGGGUGCUCUGAGCAGCAGGUCCACAACGACCUGCCGACCACCAGCAUCAUCAUGUGCUUCGUGGACGAGGUGUGGUCCACCCUGCUGCGCUCCGUGCACAGCGUCCUCGGCCGCUCUCCUCCGCACCUCGUCCAGGAGAUCAUUCUGGUGGAUGACUGCAGCACCAAGGAGCACCUCAAGGAGCAGCUGGACGCGUACAUGUCGCGCUUCCCCAAGGUGAAGAUCCUGCGCCUCCGGGAGAGGCACGGGCUGAUCCGGGCCAGGCUGGCGGGAGCUGAGGUCGCCACAGGCGCCGUGCUGACGUUCCUGGACUCGCACGUGGAGUGCAACGUGGGCUGGCUGGAGCCGCUGCUGGAGCGGGUCCGCAUGAGCCGGAACAAGGUCGCCUGCCCCGUCAUCGAGGUCAUCAGCGACAAGGACAUGAGUUACAUGACCGUGGACAACUUCCAGCGCGGGAUUUUUACUUGGCCAAUGAAUUUUGGAUGGAGACAGAUUCCACAAGAGGUCAUUGAGAAAAAUAAGAUCAAGGAAACUGAUAUAAUAAGGUGCCCCGUCAUGGCAGGUGGCCUGUUCUCCAUCGAGAAGAAGUAUUUUUCUGAGUUGGGAAUGUACGACCCAGGACUGGAUGUCUGGGGAGGGGAAAAUAUGGAGCUUUCAUUCAAGGUCUGGAUGUGCGGAGGAGAGAUCGAGAUCGUUCCGUGCUCCAGAGUCGGGCACAUUUUCAGGAACGACAACCCUUAUUCCUUCCCAAAAGACCGGGUGAGGACGGUGGAGAGGAACCUGGCCCGCGUGGCAGAGGUGUGGCUGGACGAGUACAAGGAGCUGUUCUACGGGCACGCCUACCACCUGCUCCUGAGCGCCGUGGACGUGGGCGACCUGAGCCCGCAAACCCAGCUGCGGGAGAGGCUGCGCUGCAGGAACUUCCGCUGGUACCUGCAGAACGUCUACCCGGACCUGGAAGCGCCCCUGGUCAAAGCCAGCGGGCUGCUCAUGAACGUGGCCCUGGCAGGGUGCAUCGCUGUGGAAGGCACCACCCUGGCUUUUCGGGAGUGUGAUGCUAACAACACGAACCAGAAGUUCAACUACACCUGGCUGAGGCUGGUCCGGCACGGGGAGCUCUGCCUCGCCCCGGCUGGCGCCCUGGGAGCCGUGGGCCUGCACCGCUGCCGGGCCAGGAGCCGCAGCCUGGCCUGGCUCCACAGGUCGCUGGCCACUGUCCAGCCAGGGCUGACCGAGCACCUCAUCUCGGAGCACCAGCACCUCCCGCGGCCGGCGUGCCUGGAAGUGGAUCCCUCUCGCCGAGCGCUGCGGGUGAAGGGCUGUGACCCCCGGAACCCUCGCCAGAAGUGGAGGUUCAGCAGCUACCACGCCGACUGAGGCCGGCCCGGCCGCGGCACCGCGGGCUCAGCGGGACAUCGGCAGGGCUGACGGCAGCCCCCAAGAGGGAAGAGCAUUUCCAGUGGAACUGGAGCCCGUGGUGUGAUAGCAGAGCGUGGAGGGAUCCAAACACCAGAGCAGCACGGCUGCUGCGGCAGGGCCUGAAUGGAGAGGCAUUGUUUUCCCGCGCCGUAGGAGACUUUGGGAAAAACUCAUUUUCUGUAUUAUUAAAUGGAAAUAGUUUUUGAAGUCCCCA